CAAACUUUGUUUGGUAAUUGGAGCUCCAACCUUUCCAAACCACUUGUGACUGCGUGUAAUAUGCAUCAUUUGCAUGCGUGCACAGAAUAGAAGGGAAGUUAAAUAUCAAUAUUUUGAACACAAAUGCUAUGUACAAAUUAUCAAUCAUGUGGAUCAGUGUGCGUACCUUCGACGGCAAAGUCGAAAAAUUGAUUGACAGCCUAAGUAAAUUAACUAAGAUUGAAGAUCUGAAAGAAAGAGUUAGAGAAGUUUUUGAAGUAGAUGAGAAAAGUAACAUGAGGUUGUUUUUCCGUGGAAAGCAGCUUGAAAAUGAGCACACACUUUUUGACUACAGCAUCAAUGUCAAUGAAAAGGUUCAGCUUAUGAUACAACCAGUGAAACCUUCAACACCAAAGAAAGAGACUAUUUCGAAUGAUACUCCUAAAAGUGAUGAAGCUGAUUCUGAGAGAGCAGCUACAGGUGAAGAAAUGAACUCUACAGAUGCUCCUGAAAAUAGCACAAAUUCCAGUGGAGAAUCUUCAACUUCCAAAAGCCAUAUAAAAGCAUUAUAUAGGGUCGGAGCAAAAGUUGAUGCUAAAGACUUAAAUAUGGGUGCAUGGUUUGAAGCUGAAGUUGUUGAUGUUAGUCUGCAGGAUGAAACAGACUCAACAUCAGUCUUAUAUCAUGUUAAAUUUGAUGAGUAUGAAGAAAAUGAAAUAAGUCAACUAACAUCCAAGGAUGUAAGACCAAGAGCACGAACAAGGAUACAGUGGGACCAACUUGAAGUUGGUCAAGUUGUAAUGGCAAAUUACUGUCCAGAUGACCCCAAAGAUAGAGGCUUUUGGUAUGACAUGGAGAUAACAAGAAAACACUCAAAACAGAUUACAGCUGGAGGUGCUGAGUCAAGAAGUGGUAGUGGAAGAAGUCUAUAUGGAAAAUUACUUCUUGGGUCAACAGAAGGAUGUGAUCAACCAGUUGCUCAAGAAUGCAAGCUUAUGUUCAUUGAUGAAAUAUUCAAAAUUGAACCACCUCCAGACUUUGAUAAAGACGGACAACCUGUAACGUCCAAUGGUGUGGAUGACCCUGUCAAACGUCAAAACAAACCAGACUGUCGCUUCUGUAAAGAUGAUAAAACAAAGAAAUGCAAGCACUGUGCUUGUCAUGAGUGUGGAGGAAAAGAAAAUCCAGAUAAGCAGUUGUUGUGUGAUGAAUGUGAUCUUGCUUAUCACAUUUACUGUCUUGAUCCACCACUGGAAAAAAUACCAGAAGAUGACGACUGGUAUUGCCCUCUUUGUAAAAAUGACACAUCCGAGAUUAUUCAAGCCGGUGAGAAACUAAGGGGAAGCAAGAAAAAGGCCAAAAUGGUUUCUGCUAACUCAUCGUCCAAUAGAGACUGGGGUAAGGGCAUGGCAUGUGUCGGACGUACCAAGAUCUGCACCAUCGUCCCACCAAAUCAUUUUGGACCUAUUCCUGGUGUUCCUGUAGGCUCUUUAUGGAAGUUUAGAGUACAAGUAAGUGAGUCCGGAAUUCACAGGCCUCAUGUCAGCGGAAUACAUGGUCGGGACUCAGAAGGAUCCUAUUCCAUUGUGUUAGCUGGAGGCUACGAAGACGACGUGGACAACGGAGAGGACUUCAUAUUCACUGGUAGCGGAGGUCGUGACUUAUCUGGAAAUAAGCGAACUGCUGAGCAGUCAUGUGACCAGCAGCUAACAAAAAUGAACAGGGCACUUGCAAGAAACUGCGCAGCCCCUCUUGAUGACAAAAAUGGCGGAGAAGCGAAAGACUGGAAAGAAGGAAGACCAGUCAGAGUGGUCCGAAGUUGCAAGUUAGCAAAGCAUUCAAAGUACGCACCAGAAGAAGGCAACCGAUACGAUGGCAUCUAUAAGGUUGUAAAAUAUUGGCCAGAGAAAGGGAAAUCAGGUUUUAAAGUCUGGAGAUACCUUUUUAGACGAGAUGACGAGACACCGGCUCCAUGGACAAAAGAAGGGAAAAAACUCAUUGAAUCGCUUGGAAUAAAGAUGGUGUAUCCAGAAGGAUUCUUGGAGGCACAAGCGAAGAAAGAAGAAGAAAAAGCAGACAAAUUGAAAGGAAAAGGAAAAAGAAAACGCGAAAAAGAUACGUCCAGAGGAAGUCCAUUAUCAAAAUCUCCAAGUAAGAAGAUAAAAGUGCACGCGAUAACAGCAGAAACGAAAACAUUAAUAAACACAGAUGCCGAAAAUACAAAGAUAUGGAAAGACUUAGUUGAUGACAACACUUUAAAUUAUCAAAAAUUUCACCAAAAAGUAGAAGAAACAUUUUCUUGUAUAUGUUGUCAAGAGCUCGUGUUUGAGCCGAUUACCACAACUUGUCUUCACAAUGUUUGCAAGGGAUGCUUGCAACGAUCAUUYAAAGCUGAAAUAUUCASUUGYCCGGCCUGUAGACAGGAUUUGGGCAAAAAUUAUAAACUCGAUGUAAAUAAAGCUCUAAGUAAUAUUCUCAACAAAUUGUUUCCAGGAUACUCUAAAGGUCGAUGAAACAAUUUAUUCAAUAACUCCUUCCAUACAUAUAUUAGRAAAUAUUUCAAAUAUAUAUAUAUAAAUAUCAACUUUUUUAUCUAAAAAAGACAUGUUUUGUCGAGAGUGUUCCGGCUUUUAUAAAGCCACACAACUUGAACACURUUCAUAGCAAAUUGCUUUUUAAUCGUAUAGAUAGAAAAUURUAUGCUUAUUUUGYCCCAGCUGAAUUGUGAAUUUGAUUAACUGUUAUUUCUUUCGCAUAUAUUUUUGUGCAAUGUAAUAAACUUAAAUUCUAUUUACCUA